AUGAUAAUCAAUUGCAGGACCAAUCCAACCGAGAGUGAUAUUGUUGGCAAUUACGAGCACAUUGAGGUGGAUUUCGCGGAUGAUCGUUCGCAGUAUUUUGUUAAGAUAUACUACGCUGAGCGUUUUCAUAUGCUACGUAAAUUGCUAUUUGUUGAGGGUGAAGAUUGCUUUAUUAGGUCAUUGUCGGUUUCAACCAAAUGGAAUCCACAAGGAGGGAAGUCAGGAGCAUCAUUCUAUCAGACUCACGUCAGUUCAUGUUUGCAAUCUUUUUUUGGAUGUGUCUUUAGGUCUUCUUUAGGUCUUUAG